GCCCAGUUUCUGAUUCUGUGCCAACUUACCAGGUCCUGCUUCCUCAGACUUACACAAAUUAAUUCGUAGCACAAGGAAUUCCCUCCUCAUUUCAGUUUUUUCCCUAUAUAAAGAUGGAUGAAGAACCCAUAAUUUAUAGUAUUACUACUCUAAACCAGGAUUUUCAGCAGAGGCACACACCAAAAAAUAUUAAGGAUAAAUUGGAUCCAAAUGAAUUGCCAUUAACCAAGAAGAAUCUGAAACACCAGAAACCUUGUAAAAGACAGCACAAAAAUAUAGCAGAAGAUGUCAAUGAUGAAGGAGAUGUCUUGCCUCUUCCAUGGAGGCUCAUUUCUAGCAUGCUGGGUGUCUUGUGCCUUCUCCUAAUGGCCAUUGUGGUAGCUGUUGUUGCUGCAAACUCUUCUUCCAAAAAACCACCUCUCAAAAUCCAGCAGAAAGUCAUAGAGAACCUGUGUCUUGGACCUCAGUGUCAUUCUUGUCCAGAGAAUUGGGUUUGGUUCAGAUGCAGAUGUUACUACUUUUCCAAGGAACAGUUAACUUGGAGAGAGAGUCAAAGUGCCUGUUCAUCUCUAAAUUCCAGUCUCAUCAAGAUAAACAAGGAGGAGAUGCAUUUCUUCUCCUUAAAAUCUUUCUUUUGGAUUGGAGUCUACUAUAAUGAAACUGGCAGGCACUGGCUGUGGGAAAAUGAUUCACUUCUGCCUUCUGAUAUGUUUUCUCUUCCUACACCUAUAUUAAGACAAAACUGUCUGUCUUACAAAUCAGGAGAAGUUUAUCUAAGUGAAAGCUGUGGAAUUAAACAGACUUACAUUUGUAAGAAUCACCUUAUUUUUUGAUACAUAUAUGUGGAAUCUAGAAAAAUGAUCCAGAUGAACCUACUUGCAAAACCUGUAAUCAAACCUAGAGACACAGAUGUAGAGAACAAAUCUGUGGACCCCAAGAUGGGUGGAAAGGGGGAGUGGGAUGGAUCGGGAGAUUGGGAUUGACCUCUAUACACUGCCAUAUACAAAACAGAUAAAUAGUGAGAACCUACUAUCUAGCACAGGGAACUCUACUCAGUGCUCUAUGGUGACCUGUAGUUCUAAAGCAAUUAUACUCCAAUAAGAAAUAAAAAAAUAGAAUCACCUUAGUUAUUCUGUAAAUUCACAGAAAAGGUGAGCAUUGCUCUUAUCUAAUUCUACACCUUGAUAGAAUCGUCAAUGAUCACUUUCUUGGUCUAUAGAGAAAAUAUGUAAAUAGACACCUCUAGUAAAAAUGGGAUAUUCUCAAAAUAUACUGCAAUACUAUUUUAUAAAUGUACUAUAAUUUUGUUGAGUGGAUAUACUUUGAUUUAGAUGACUUUCAUGAAAUAACACCAUGAUAAUACUUAGAAUAUAUAUGCCAAUGCACUUUAGGAGACAUUGCCUUAAGUAUUUUCUGAAUUAUGCCAUGAGAUAAAGUUAAUGAGACAAGGUUAGAUUGUGUUGGACAUUAAACAGUUGUUUUAUGUAAACUUACACUAUUGUCACUGAUAUAUGUAUUGCUUUUUUUGUCUAUAAAAUUGUCAAAAUAUAUUGUUAAGUGAUAGAACACAGAACCGGAUGUAGAGAUUAGUAUAACUGCCCAAGAAAUAGAAUUGUUCCAUAAUUUUUUCGAAAUUAGUUUUCAGCUUGAUUACUGCCCCAAAGUCCAAUUUAUUUUGUAAUAUGGUGACUCUGAGAUAGCUAAUUAGACCCACAGGUGUGGUUUAAAAGGACUUUGCUUUAAAGUCUCAAUCGUGAAAUGUUCAUUCCUUUAAGUUGUUCUGUUGCAUAGUAUUUUUAAAAAAUCAAAAAUAAAUGAUUAGUAUUUAUUUCCUUUUAAUUGUAUCAAAGCCUUUAGAAUUAUUAAAACAAUAGUGAUGACAAGCUGUGGUUUAUCUUCUCUUAGUCUUAAAACCUUCUAUACCUUUUACACAUACAGACACAAUAAGCUCCUUUUAUGUUUAUUUAAUAAGAUUUGGUCUAAAAUUAUAUGCAAAGAGCAAAAGCUAUGCUUUACCAAAGUUCUUAUUUCACUAGAGCAGAAGCAACAUUAUAAUGACAGAAUUAGAUACAAUUGUCCCCUGAUAUUUACAGGAGAUUGCUUCCAGGACCCUUGGUGGGUGCCAGACUGUGUAGAUGUGUCCAGGUCCUUAUAUAAAAUAUUUGCAUAUAUUUUACAAUAUUUGUAUAGCUGCUAAGCCACUUCAGU